AUGCCCAAAGAAAAGGAAUCCAAGCUCUCCUUCAACCUCAAGACCCCCAAGGGUACCAAGGAUUGGUCCGGGUCCGACGCCCUCCUCCGCGACCGCAUCUUCAGCACCAUCGCCGAUGUCUUCAAGCGCCACGGCGGUACCGCCCUCGACACCCCCGUCUUCGAGCUGCGCGAGAUUCUGGCCGGCAAGUAUGGCGAGGACUCCAAGCUCAUCUACGACCUGCAGGACCAGGGUGGUGAGAUCUGCUCCCUCCGCUACGAUCUUACCGUCCCCUUCGCCCGCUGGCUCGCCAUGAACCCCGACGUCCGCAGCAUGAAGCGCUACCACAUCGCCAAGGUGUACCGUCGCGACCAGCCCGCUGUCAGCAAGGGUCGCAUGCGCGAGUUCUACCAGUGCGAUUUCGAUAUUGCGGGUACCUUCGACCCCAUGGUUCCCGAUGCCGAGAUUCUGCGUAUCGUCACCGAGGUCUUCGAGGAGCUGGGCUGGAAUGGUCGCUAUAACAUCAAGAUCAACCACCGGAAGAUUUUGGAUGGUGUGUUCCAGGUGUGCGGUGUGCCGGAGGAUAAGAUCCGUCCCAUCUCCAGUGCCGUCGACAAGCUGGAUAAGAUGCCGUGGGCGGAUGUGCGGAAGGAGAUGGUCGAGGAGAAGGGUCUGGAUGCUGCCGUCGCUGAUAAGAUCGAGACAUACGUCGUGCAGAAGGGUGGCCGCGAUUUGCUUGACAUCCUCCUCAAGGACGAGGGCCUGACGGCUAACGCCUCCGCCAAGGCCGGUCUGGACGACAUGAGUCUGCUUAUGGACUACCUGGAGGCAUUCGGUGUCCUGGACAAGAUCUCCUUCGAUAUGAGUCUGGCCCGUGGUCUCGAUUACUACACCGGUGUCAUCUACGAGGUCGUCACUGAGGGUUCCGCGCCCGCCGUCUCGUCGUCCGCACCGGAGGCCCAGGCCGUCCAGAAGUCCGGCAAGAAGAGCAAGUCCAAGGGCGGCAAUCUGGAAGACGACGACCGCUCCAACGACCCCACUCUGGGUGUUGGCAGUGUCGCCGCUGGAGGACGCUACGACAACUUGGUCGGCAUGUUCCUGCCCAAGGCACAGAUUCCCUGUGUGGGUGUGUCCUUCGGUGUGGACCGUAUCUUCUCCAUCACCAAGGCCCGCAUCGAGCGGGAGAAGAGCGCGGAGGCGCUCCGCAGCAGCGAGGUCGAUGCCUACGUCAUGGCCUUCGGUGGCAAGGGAUUCACCGGCAUGCUGAAGGAGCGGAUGAGCGUGUGUCAGUCUCUAUGGAACGCUGGCGUGAAGGCCGAAUUCUCCUACAAGGUCAAGCCCAAGCUCCCUCAACAAUUCAAGGCCGCCGAGCAAUCCGGCGUCCCCUUCGCCAUCAUCCUCGGCGAAGACGAGCUCGCCGCCGGCAAGGUCCGCGUCAAGGAGAUGGGUCUAGAAGACGGACACCCAGAGAAGGAGGGCGUGCUGGUUGAUCUGACCGCCCUCCCGGUCGAAGUCAAGGCCCGGGUGGCCAAGAAACGGGGCGAGAGUGUCUCGGACGUUACGCAGCAGCUGGGCGACCUGAAGGUCGAUGCAUAG